AUGACGAAAAUAGAUGGACUCAAAGUAGACGAGUUAAGGUACCUGCUACGAGCUAGAAAUUUGUCAAGCUCAGGCACCCGAGCUGAGUUAAUUCUAAGAUUAAUUGAAUUUGAGCAAUCGGAAGAAGUAGAGAUGCCAGUAACGGCUGGGCUUUCUACGCAGCAAGAAGAAGCGAUGACGUCACAAUCAGCGGCAAUUUCACAAUUGCAAAAUGAAAUGAAAGCAUUGACGAAUAUGAUGGGUCAGCUAGUCGCAAUGCAAAGGCAAAAUGCAGAAGCAUCAAUGGCAAACAAUCAACAGCAGCAAAUCAUUGAAGUGGAACCCGAAAAUAUCAACAAUGAUAACAGACAUAUUGGACAGGUCAUGAGACAAGCAUCGGUGAAAGAAAUUGCAAACACCUUGCCGGAGUUUGAUCCAAGUGAUGAGAACGCCAUUUCCGUAAACCAGUUCAUUGAUCGAGUCAACAAAGUGGUUGAUGCUUAUCAAUGGGACGAGAAAUUUGUAUUACUCGCAAUAUACACACGACUAAAGGGACCAGCCAAGAUGUGGCUCGAUUCCUCACCUAUUCUCCACACGACAUGGAAUAGUUUUGCGGAAGCUAUACAGGAUGAGUUCGGAGCAAACCCAGACGAAGCAGAAGUGCAUUUUACUAUUGCAAAUGCAACCAGACGAUCAAAGGAGACGGUCAAGGAGUACUGUUUCAGGAUGUCCGCCCUUGGGGUGCGGUACCAGCUAAGCGAAGCAGCUAUUAUAAGAUAUGUAAGAUCAGGACUACAGCACCGAGAACUGCAAAACAGUAUUGCAGCGAUUCACUUCUCGUCAAUGAAGCAACUUCGUGAUGCAGCUGAAUCUUAUUUUGUAAACAGAGGUCGACCGAGCACAACAAAAAAAGAAUUCUUACCAAAAGGCAGCAACUUCGAGCAAAAGCAGGACAACGAUGUAAAGUCAUCAAAAUCAAGGGAAACCCUGAAGUGUUACAACUGCGGAGAGUUGGGACACUUUGCUAAUUCGUGCACAAAGGAAAAGAAAAAGCUGCGCUGUAAUAAAUGCAACAAGUUCCCUGAGCCAAACGGAGCUUGUCAAUCCGCGAAUACAAUGCGUUUAGGAGCCACCAAUCAUGACAAACUUUUCAUCAGAAAAAUUUUGAUAAAUUCACACGAGUAUAGCGCCUUCAUUGAUACAGGUAGCCAGGCUAGUAUCAUGCGCCAAUCUGUUGCCAAGAAAAUCAACGCUGAACGCCACAAAUGUUCUAUGCAAAUAAGAGGCAUUUGCGGGGGUUCAUGUAUCCUCACAGAAGCGAUCAUUGUGGACAUGGACAUCGAAGGAAAAGUGGUCACAGCAAAAGUAUAUGUAGCAGACGACGACCUGUUACAGGAGGAUUUCCUAUUGGGACAAGAUGUUAUCAUUAGCGCUCAUCUCACGCUAAGCUUGGAGCCACAUGUCACAGAAGUUAAGCGAGCAGUUCAUCAGCAAAUGAUCAAGAAAGAAAGAUUCCCCAACGUUUUCUCUACAGGAUUGCAAGACAUCGGAAAAACAAAUUUAGUCCAAGCCCAUAUAAUUGUUGAGAGCGGUCAGACAGUUUCUCAAGCGCCUUAUCGAGUUUCCGAGUUGUUGGAGCAGGAUAUUAUAACGUUAUCCACAUCAGAGUACGCCAGCCCGAUAGUGCUCAUCAAAAAGCCGAAUGGUAGUGAUCGAAUGUGUGUCGAUUACAGACGUCUGAACAAGUUGAUCAAGAAGGAAAAUUUCCCAGUACCAAACAUUGAAGAGCGCCUGCAGGAGGCAAAACGAUAUAAGUACUUUUCAUCCCUGGACCUUAACAGUGGCUAUUACCAGAUUGAAAUAGCACCAGAGAGCAGGAAAUUCACAGCAUUUAUCACCACCGAUGGAUUAUAUGAAUUCAAGCGACUUCCAUUUGGAUUGAAAAACGCACCUGCUGUUUUUAAUCGACUUAUGGCAGAAUUACAGAGGAGAGUGUACAAAGGCGAUAUGAUACACUACAUGGAUGACAUCCUUAUUGGUAGCCAUACUUUUAGCGAAAUGUAUGAGAAGCUAGAGCGAGUCCUUAAAGUUUUGCAUGAGUGUGGAUUGACUUUAAACGUGGAUAAAUGUGAACUAUACAAGCAGUCAAUCACAUUCCUUGGUCACCAAAUACAUGCAGACGGCAUUAGCCCUGGAGAUAUUAAGACGAAUGCCAUUAGAAUGUUUCCGAAACCCACCAAUGUAACCGAUGUGAGAAAGUUCCUGGGUCUCACUGGUUAUUUUCGCAAAUUCGUAGCUGGAUAUGCUAUCAUCUCAGAGCCAUUGCGUUUCCUAUUGCGAAGAUCAUCAUGA